GUUGUGUCUCUCAAGUCUCACCUCGCUGAUUCUCACAUCUUCCAGUCCUUCUUUGCUUCGCAUCCGUGCCUAAUCAUAAUUGGGGAACCGGUUUUUCUUCAAUUAUUCCCCAAUUAUUCGCUCCGGGUCGUCGUCUAGGGCUUGAAUCUCCUAGAUUAUGUGCGGGUCAUGAACUAUUGCUGUUCCUCUUCUAGGGUUUCAAUCCUUGUGAUUCUCUACGGUUCAUGAACCAUUGUCGUUGAGAUUCUACGGAUUCUGGUGGUUCUAGGGUUUCGUAGGGUUUCUCGAUGACUUUUGAGGGUGGUGAUGACGACGGAGGCGUGGUGCCGGAGCUGACGCUGAGAAUGGGGGAUUACGUGAAGCUGAGGCAACCGGCGGAAUGCGAGGAGGAGGGACUUGGGGAUGUGGAUCCUUCUACGCCUAGAAGAAGAGGGUUAAUAUGGUGGUGGGUUAAGGUUGCUUUAUUGUGCGUCGUUUUGGGGGUUUUGGCUGGUGUUUUUCUCAAAUGGGUCGGACCCUUCUUCAUGGAUAAGGAGCUUAUGCCUAUCAUAAACUGGGAGACAACAACAUUCAGCACUCCUGUACUGGCACUUGUUAUAUUCGGUUCUGUGGCUUUAUUCCCAACACUACUUUUGCCCUCUACACCUUCCAUGUGGGUGGCUGGGAUGACUUUUGGUUAUGGUCUUGGGUUCCUACUAAUUAUUGCGGGGGUGGCUGUGGGUGUAUCACUUCCAUAUAUCAUUGGUUCCCUCUUCCAUCAUAAAAUCCAAGGAUGGUUAGAAAAAUAUCCAAAGAAAGCUUCCAUUAUAAGACUGGCUGGUGAAGGGAAUUGGUUUCAUCAGUUCCGAGCUGUCACAUUAAUUAGGGUUUCACCAUUCCCUUAUAUUUUAUUCAAUUACUGUUCUGUGGCAACAAAUGUUAAGUAUGGUCCUUACAUCAUGGGGUCGUUGAUUGGAGUUGUGCCAGAAAUUUUUGUUGCAAUAUAUACAGGGAUCCUGAUAAGAGCUCUGGCUGAUGCAUCACACGAACAGCACUCCCUUUCUGCCUCACAGGUUAUCCUGAAUGUAGUUGGUUUUUGUGCAACUGUGGCUACAACAAUAUUUUUCACGGUUUAUUCAAAAAGGCAGCUCAAGGCAUUACAGAAGGAAGAAGAGCUGUUACUGGAGUAAGCUUUUUCUUCUGUCUGGGUUUUGGGAAAAUUAUCUGUCAGCAAAGCCAGGUCAGAGCUUCAUCUCUGAAGACCAUCCAUGGCUGGAUGAGGUUUUAUUUACUACACUUCAUCCGUGGGCAAUUGAUGUACAGUGAGAUGGUGCUAUUUAAACACUGCUUGGAAGGGAGGAAGGAAGAAUCAAGACCCACAACAGCUAACAUGAUUGACAUUUAUUAAACCAGCAGAUUCUUUUAAAGGAAAAAAGGAUGUCUUCUUUGUUGUCUUAGUCUACUCCCCGUUUGUCUCUCCCUCUCAUAGAGAGAACUGUUGUUUGUAUAGGAUGGAAACUUCUUUGGAAGGUUAAAUUGGAACCUAGCAAAAUUCUUGAACUGUGAAUCAAUACAACAUUGCCGUUCCUGUCUUGUCGAUAA